AUGAUUGCUGCAAUUUCCGGAACUACUGUCAGCGGCGCGUUUGAUCCUCUCGACAAAAUUGGUGCGAUCGCCCGGGCGGCGAAUGCUUGGUUCCAUGUGGAUGCCUGCUGGGGCGGAGCAGUCGCCUUUUCUGACAAGCUGAAACACAUGCUUCGCGGAAGCGAGCUGGCGGACAGCAUCGCCUUCAACCCGCACAAGAUGCCCGGGGUGCCUUUGCUCUGUGCCUUUCUGUUAGCAAGAGAUUUACGCACGUUCUGGGUUGCGAAUAAACUAAAGGCUGGAUACUUGUUCCAUGAAAACCAUGCCAAUACAAAGGCAGAAAAGAUCCAACCUCUGGAUCAAAAGCAUGACUCGAAGGACUGGAGGAAUUCCGCUCAGCUGGAAGAUGCUCCCAAUGUGUCUGAAAUUCGAGAUCUUGCUUCACUGACAGUGCAGUGCUGUCGAUGA